AUGGUAUCAACAAAAGUAUCACACAAAGUAAACAGAAUCUCUUAUUUCUAUUACAAUGCUUUUAUAAUGUGUUUAUUAAUGUUUACAUUGCUUAUUAUUUUAAUUACGGCAUAUAUUUUUAAAUUUGGGAGUACACAAAAACGCACUGUAUAUAACGCUAUUGCUCUUAAUAAUUUACAUUCAUUACCUAUACAAGUAAUAGAUGCUGAUUUUCCAAUGGCAGAUAACACAAAUAUUUCUUGCACAUACUUUAGCUGUUUUAAUAUUUAUCGCUGUGGUAGUCAAGGAAAUAAACUUUUAGUAUAUGUUUAUCCACCAAAAAUAUAUGUAGAUCCAUUAGAAAAGCCUAUAACGAGUCAAAUAACAAAAGAAUUUUAUCAAAUUUUAAGUACUAUUAUAUCAAGUAAAUUUUAUACACCAAAUCCAUAUGAAGCAUGUAUCUUUAUUCCUUCAAUUGAUACAUUAAAUCAAAAUAGAUUAAGAUUGCAAGAAGUUUCACAAGCACUGGAAGCACUACCAUUCUGGAAUAAUGGUGAAAAUCACCUUAUAUUUAAUAUGGUACCUGGAAGUGUACCUGAUUAUAAUACAGUCAUUGAUGUACCUGUUGGAAAAGCAAUGAUUGCAGGUGCAGGGAUGUCAUCAUUAACAUACAGAUAUGGUUUUGAUAUCAGUUUGCCAGUAUACAGUUCUGUUGUGAAUAAUCUUAAACCAAAUUUUAAUAAUACAAGACAAUGGUUGGUUAUUUCAUCUCAAAUGAAUAUUAAUUCUGCUUUUGAACAAGAUUUAUUGGAAGUUAAAUCUAUGUCACCAAUGGAUAUUUUAAUAUUGGGUACAUGUCUGCAUUAUAAUUCUAUGAACAGUGCAAUUCGAUGUUCAGGAGAAGAUUUUUAUAAAUAUCCUAAUGUCCUUCAAACAGCAACAUUUUGUUUAGUAAUUCGAGGUGCAAGACUUGGUCAGAGUACACUUUUAGAAUGUAUGGCAGCGGGUUCUAUACCUGUAAUUAUAGCUGAUUCUCUGGUAAUGCCUUUUCAUGGCAUAAUUGAUUGGACAAGAGCCGCCAUAUUUGUACGUGAAGUAGAUAUCUUAUCAGUAAUAUCUGGCUUGAAAAAAGUAUCUCAUCAACGAAUCAUAGAACUUCGAGAACAGAAUGAAUGGCUUUAUGAAAAGUAUUUUCAAUCUAUGGAAAAAAUAACGGAAACCACAUUGGAAAUACUGGCAGAUCGUGUAUUCCCGCAUUUAAAUAGAGAGUAUACAUUUUGGAAUAUACCACCUCAUAAGGAUAUUACAUCUCCUUUGUUUUUACCCACUACUGUACCAAAAACACGAGGAUUUACUGCUGUAAUUUUAACAUAUGACAGAUUGGAAUUACUGUUUCUUUUAAUUAAUAAGCUUGUGAAAGUGCCAAGUUUGUCUAAAGUUCUAGUUAUUUGGAAUAAUCAACAGAAGGAUCCACCACAUUCAGUUGGAUGGCCAAAGUUAAAUAAACCAUUAAAAGUUAUACAAACAAAGGAAAAUAAACUAUCAAACAGAUUUUAUCCUUAUGAUGAAAUUGAAACUGAAGCAGUUCUAUCAAUAGAUGAUGAUAUUAUUAUGCUAACUGCAGAUGAAGUAGAAUUUGCGUAUGAGGUAUGGAGGGAGUUCCCAGAUCGAAUAGUUGGUUUUCCAUCUAGAAUUCAUAUGUGGGAUAAUGGAACAAAUUGUUGGAAAUACGAAAGUGAAUGGACUAAUAGCAUUUCUAUGGUUUUAACUGGUGCUGCAUUUCACCAUAAAUACUGGAAUUACAUGUAUACCACUGCUAUGCCUGGUGAUAUAAAAGAAUGGGUUGAUGAACACAUGAAUUGUGAAGAUAUAGCUAUGAACUUUUUAGUAGCAAAUAUCACAAAAAAAGCACCUAUAAAAGUAACACCAAAAAAGAAAUUUCGAUGUCCAGAAUGUACAAAUACUGAAAUGCUGUCAGCAGAUUUAACACAUAUGGUAGAACGUACGCAAUGUAUAAAUAGAUUCUCUUCGAUUUAUGGCUCAAUGCCAUUACAAUCUGUUGAAUUUCGUGCAGAUCCAGUUUUAUUCAGAGAUAUAUUUCCAGAAAAACUCAAAAGAUUCAAUGAUAUUGGAAGUUUAUAA